UGUCCCAUGUUUUUUCCGUGGAGGAGAGGAACGUACGCGUACAGCGAAAUAUCCCGGGAGUAAAAGUUCCUCCUAUCACGGUUCAGCUAGCGGGACACUGAACCACUGACCAACAGCGGAGCGGCUGGAGAAGCUUUUGUAUGUAAUUGUUUACUCUAUUUCUCAUAAGGGACUCGAACCGGCCUCGCUUCAUCAUCUGUGCCGAGGAUGUACAAGACUGCGCGCAGCUUCGCGUGACUCAAGUUUAUCAGGUGGGAUCCGGAGCUGCGCGUGAUGGAUUGGUGCUGGAGCUGCUACCUUCUCGCGCCAUCGGAGUGCGGAAAGAGAGCGAGCUGACUGGCUCGCGACCCCGCCGACUGAUUCACGAGGCUACAGUAAAAAGUAUCUAAGUUCAAACUUGGAUGUUUUUCCUUCCUUGGGUGGAUCACACGGGUCCCUGCAGCCGUCGUCCGUGUCGAAGAUGAGGGUGAAAUUUCCUGUGAUGUUCCGGCUGCUCGUGCUGCUGCCCAGCGCGUUAUUAACGGAACCGGUUCGCUCCAAUGAAGUGGUUCUGUUGGACACCACAGCUGUUCUGGGGGAGCUCGGAUGGAAGACAUAUCCAGUGAACGGCUGGGAUGCCAUCACUGAGAUGGAUGAGCAGAACCGGCCGAUCCACACCUUCCAGGUGUGCCAGGUGAUGGAGCCGAACCAGAACAACUGGCUGGUGUCCAGCUGGGUCUGGCGGGGCGCGGCGCAGCGCGUCUUUGUGGAGCUGCGCUUCACGCUGCGCGACUGCAACUCCAUCCCCUGGGUGGCGGGAGCCUGCAAGGAGACCUUCAACCUGCUGUACCGAGAGUCGGACACCCCACCAAACCACACUGACCAGCGCCUGCACCCCGCCGACUACGCCAAGGUGGACACCAUUGCGGCCGAUGAGAGCUUCACACAGACGGACCUGGGCGAUCGGGUGCUGCGGCUCAACAUAGAGGUGCGUGAGGUGGGGCCCCUCUCGCGUCGUGGGUUCCAGCUGGCCUUCCAGGACGUGGGCGCCUGCAUCGCGCUGCUGUCCGUGCGCGUAUUCUACAAGAAGUGCCCGUCCACGCGGCGGAACCUGGCGCUUUUCCCGGACACUGUUCCGCAGGUGGCGGCGUCCUCGUCGCUGGUGGAGGUGCCGGGCAGGUGUGUGGCGCACGCUGAAGAGGAGCGGGACGCGCCCAGGCUCUACUGCGGCGCUGACGGGGACUGGCUGGUGCCUCUCGGCCGUUGUGUGUGCAGCAUCGGCUACGAGGAAGACCACGGACUCUGCACGGCCUGCAGUCCUGGUUCCUAUAAGUCGUUUGUGGGGAACAUCAGGUGCUCCAAGUGUCCCACCAACAGCCAAAGUGGCCCUGCCUCCCCCGUGUGCACCUGUGAGAAGGGAUUCUACAGGACACACAGCGAUGCCCCCAGCACUGCCUGCACACGACCGCCCUCUGCCCCGCGAAACCUCCUCUUCAGCAUGAACGACUCGUCCCUGUUCCUGGAGUGGGCGCCCCCUCUGGACAGUGGUGGUCGCCGCGACCUGACCUAUGUGGUGCGGUGCUGGCGCUGUGGAGCAGCAGGGUCAUGUGACCCUUGCGGGGACGCCGUGCAGGGCCUGAGCUCCACCCGCGUCGCUGUGCAGGACUUUCUGUCCCACGGCAACUACAUCUUCCAGGUGGAGGCGCUCAAUGGCGUCUCAGCGCUGGCCAAUCGCAGACCAGCAGCGAGCAACAUCAGCAUCAGCACAGAACACGCCAAGCCAUCUCUGGUGGGAGCCAUCAGGAGAGAGUGGGCCUCUCACACCUCUAUCGCCCUCUCCUGGCAUGAGGUGGAACAGCCCCCAGCCCCCAUCCUGGACUAUGAGAUUAAAUACUAUGAAAAGGAGCGGGAGCAUCAGAGUUACUCCUCCCUUCGUUCUCAGGCGGCGCGUGUCAUCGUGUCGGGCCUGAAGCCGUCCACUCUCUACGUGUUCCAUGUCCGUGCUCGCUCCGCCGGUGGACUCAGCAGCUUCAGUCUCAAGGCCGAGUUCUCCACCGCCGCCCAGAGUGCAGAGGUGGUGGGCACGCGGGGCUCAGUGCUGGUCAUGGCGCUGGCUGCAGUGGGCGGCUUCUCCCUGUUGGUCAUCCUCACCCUCUUCCUGCUCAUCACUGGACGCUGUCAGUGGUGGAUCAAAUCAAAGAUGAAGUCAAACGAGCCGAGGAGGACACAUUACCAUAAUGGACAUGUGGUUCCGUUUGCGGGGGUAAAGACAUAUGUGGACCCGGACACAUAUGAGGACCCCACACAGGCUGUGCACGACUUCACUAAGGAGAUCGACCCGGCCCGCAUUCGGAUCGAGAGGGUCAUCGGGGCAGGGGAGUUUGGUGAGGUGUGCAGCGGUCGGUUGCGGUCCCCGGGCAGGAAGGAGACUGCAGUGGCUAUUAAGACGCUGAAGGGCGGCUACACGGAGCGGCAGAGGCGGGACUUCCUGCACGAGGCCAGCACCAUGGGCCAGUUUGAGCACCCCAACAUCAUCCACCUGGAGGGUGUAGUCACCAAGAGCCGGCCUGUGAUGAUAAUUGUGGAGUACAUGCAGAACGGAUCCCUGGACACUUUCCUCAAGAAUCAUGAGGGCCAGUUCACGGUGGUCCAGCUGGUGGUGAUGCUGCGGGGCAUCGCCGCGGGGAUGGCCUACCUGUCCGAGAUGGGCUACGUGCAUCGCGACUUGGCUGCCCGGAACAUCCUGGUGGACAAGGGUCUCGUGUGUAAGGUGUCAGACUUUGGGCUGUCACGCAUGCUGGAGGACGACCCCGAGGGUUCUUACACCUCUAUAGGGGAGAAGAUCCCAAUCCGCUGGACGGCGCCUGAGGCUAUCUCCUACAGGAAGUUUUCCUCGGCCAGCGACGCCUGGAGUUAUGGCAUCGUCAUGUGGGAAGUGAUGUCUUACGGGGAACGCCCCUACUGGGAGAUGUCCAAUCAGGACGUGAUCCUGUCCAUAGAGGAAGGCUACCGGCUGCCGGCCCCACUGCGCUGUCCAGUGGCGCUGCACCAGCUCAUGCUGCACUGCUGGCAGAGUGACCGCAACCUCCGACCGCACUUCUGCGACAUGCUCAGCUUCCUGGACAAACUCAUACGCAAUCCCAGCAGCCUACUCACACUGGUGGAGGAUAUGAAUGGGUUAGCCGAGUCCCCCGGGUCCCCAGACUACCCCUUCUUUAUCUCCAUCGGUGAUUGGCUGGACUCCAUCAAGAUGAGCCAAUACAAGAGCAACUUCAUCGCCGCGGGUUACACAACUCUAGACUCAGUGGCCACCAUGUGCAUAGAGGACGUCAGGAGGAUCGGCGUUACCCUGAUCGGCCACCAGAGGAGGAUAGUGAGCAGCAUCCAGCCUCUACGGUUACAGCUCCUCCAAGCGCAGCACAAUAACUUCCACAUAUGAGAGGGAACACACGCACACACACACACACACACACACACACACA